AUGGACAUGACACCUCAGCACUCGUGCUCUCGCGAGGACGACGACACGCACUCGUACGAAUCCUCCUUGGAGGAACCCUACGAGGGUGGCCACGAGUACAAGAACCUCCUCGGAGGCCGUGCUGGCCCAACCCCGAGUGCCAGCACGGAUGCGACGACGGAUGCGACGACGGAUGCGAAUACAGAGGCAAGCACAGAGGCAAGCACAUCUUGCCGUGCCCCAAUGAUCCGUUAUGAUCCGAUGAAGAGUUUUCUCCAUCUCGAGACCACUCCCUCGUCGACGACAAGUUCCCUCGACCUCGACGACAAUGCUGCUUUUUCAUCGGCCGACGACAACGAUGCCAGCUUCCUCCACUCAUCACGCACCUCUACCCAUAGCGUCGCCACGCCCGCUCCCGAGCAUAGGAUGCCGUCAGACGCCAUCUUCGUCCCUGGCGCUGUCGGGUUCGCCGACGGCAAUAGAGACAGCAGCCCGACGUCUGCCAUGACCGUCGCCCGUCCGGUGACGAGCACGGCAAGGAAGGCCGGAGCCGUGCAUCGACAAAUUUCGAUGCGGAGCCUCGACCGUCACGCGAGUCAACGGCGCUUCCCGGACAGGUCCGAAGACGACGGUGCCGCUCGGCGGCGUGGUCCUGCCUCCUCCCACCGUCGUCGCCAAUGCCAAAAUGGCCGCCUUUUCGACCGCCACGUUGGCCGGGACCAGGACCGACAACCGUCGGUGUCAUCGAACCACCAAGGGCACCGUUUGCAGGCCUCGACGCGCAGCGGAAGCCCUGUGCAAAGUCCUCGACAUGUCCAGCAGCGGUACCCAUGCUGCACGGACCGACGAUCCCCGCCGGCUGCGUCGACCUCCUUCGACGCCUUGUCGUCGCCUCGUGCCAUGACGAGGGACGAGUUCGAGGCUCUGCCACAUACGAUCCAGCGAAAGGUACGUUCGACGUGCGUCACCCAGAAUCCCGUCUUGCUCGUCAUUCUCGCCAGCGGUGAGGCGGAGGGAAAGGAAGCGAGGCGAGGCGAAGCACGCGCGUCGGCCAUUGGUCCCCGCAAGCAAGUGCAUGCGUGGGCAAGAGGGGCCAAGGUACAAAGUCGGCCGAAGAAUGAAGUCUGCCGUGCCGUGCCCUCCCCUGCCGCCCUCCACGUCAGCGAUGCGGUCGGUGGGUGCCGUGGCAUUGCUACGUGCCUACGCUCUCGAGUUGGGCCCGGUCUGUCUUACGUCUCCGACCUUUAUUUCCCGGCCUUUGCUGCCAUUUCCACGUCCCCCUUGACGUCGCCGUCGAAUGAAUCAUUGGAUGCUCUGGCCAUUCGCGAAUGCCCCUUGGCUUCCGGUUCCCAAGCAGCGUCCCAUGCCCCAUGCCCCAUCGUCCGUCGUCCGUCAUCCAUCGUCCAUGGUCCAUGGUCUUGCUUCCGACUCUCCUUCUCCGACGCCGGCGGCGGGACUCUGCAACGGCCGGCACAGUGUGCCACCAGCCGCGCCACGAACGAUGGAGGCUCCAGCGAGCCAGCGGCCCCUGCCCUGCCCUGCCCUGCCCUUCCCGCCGAUGUCACUGGCCGCUCCUGGGGAGCCUGCUCGGCGGCAUCGCGUUUCCCUGUCUCGGCUAGGCGCGCCUUGGAACGACCGGACCGGCGCCGGACCGGAUUGGAAUUGAGCAAGUGUUUCCUGGGCUUGGCCGCCCGUUUUACCGCUCACCCAACCGCGACGCUCUAUUUGGCGGCUGCGUGCCCUGGCGGCUGCGUGCCUCUUGUUGCCGCUGCCUGGCGGCGAGCCAAGGCGGCGCACCUGCGUCCCUGUUGGCGAGCGAGCGCGCUCCCUUACCUUUGCUUCCUCGAUGCUGUCUUUGCUGUCGUCGGCCCGUCCGCGACCGCCGCCUCCCCCUCUGUCCCUCCGCGCUGCCCCUCCCCUCGUGCGUUUCGGCGCCCGUCAUCGCCUCCCCCUCGUUUGGCUGGCAUCGGAACUGAUCCCUCAUGCCGGCCGCAGUACUUUACUACCCUCGAGCGCCUGCGCUUUGCUCAAUGUCCCGAAGGAAACCUUGACACGACCAUUGUCAAUCACAGCUUCGCCCAUCAUCGCUCGCAUUCUUCGCCUUCCAAGGAUCGCCCCCUUCGACGACCCCCCAUCCUCCACUUCGCCUUCGGCUCCGACGACCUCGACGCCGCUCCCUGCCCUCUUCCGCUCCGCGACGACCGAUCCAGUCGGGCCCCUCCCCCACGGCCGGAGCAGCUGCGAAUUCAACGUCGCGAAAGCCACGGCCCGUCGCCAUCACAUCGUCGACGCCAAAAGUUCGCACUCGAGGCCGCACGCGUCGCGUCCAUUGGCAUCGAUAAACGCACCCACGAGACACUCGACGCAGACAUGUCGGACACCCUUGCGCUGACGGCCAGCGUGCCUUCCGCCGCCCGGGAGGAUGCCGUCGUGCCGUCGGCCGAGGUCGACGUCGCCGAGAGGAGAGACUCCCUCUAUGACUGCUUCCGCCGGCUUGACGGCGAUGCUUUGGAUUUAACCCUCCACCUGGACGACUAUGACUUUGAUUUGAGAGGGGACACGCCCGAGCAGAGCACACACUUGCGUCCAUACCUUCGCCGCCGCCUCUCCGUAUCCAAGUUGCCCACUAGCCAUCGGGCUUCGAGCGCGCCCGGCCGUCCCGCAUCCAAGGAUAGCGACGCGCCGCCCAUGUCCGAAGUCUCGUCCGCGAGCCUCACCACGGCCUCCUCUGGCCGCGUCUCCAGAAGUUCACGCGCCCGGUCCUUCAUAUCCCCCAAGAGGCGGAAGACGCCCGUCGACGUCGCCACGGAUGCAGAUGCGCCGACGAAACUCAGGCUGAACUUUUCGGAAAAGGGCUUCGACGAGGCCGCCGCCUUCGACUUCUUCCCCAUGGACGACCUGCGCGACGAGAAGGUGCCCUCGGUCAUCGAAGUGACCAAGCCGGCCACUUUCUUGGCCGACGACAUGUCAUCCCUGUACAACUCGAGCGAGAUAUCCGCUGCCGAAUCGGAAUCCCCGCGGACGCCCGAGUCGCUGGAUAAGCCGUUGCCACCGCCGCCCGUCACGGAUGCGGACUCGUCGUUUCCAAACGCUGCCUAUGCGCAACAGCUGGCGCCAUCCGAGGUGACGCUCCGCAUGACCUUGACGCGACCCGACCUUCGAACGAACGACGACCAGAUGUAUGGUUGGCAGCAGAAAAAGGCAUCGGCCGGUAGGCGGCAGCGGACAAAGGACGACAUGCUCCCGCCCCUGCCAUACUCCCGCGAGGGUUACUCCAAGGAGAGCAUCGAGCGACAGUUUGCAGCCAUGGACCUGGAACAGCUCGAGCAGGACGACGGGGUCGUCAAGCGAUUCUGGAACCGCGUCCGUCGGUCGUGA